GAUAGAUUGUCCGGUCUGUUGCACGGAACAGGAGUGCGCCGCGAUCGGGGUGGAGUGCGGACACUGGGCGUGCUUUCGUUGCCAGAGCAGAAUACGCGACGUCACGAAGGACCGCACGUGUCCGAUCUGCAAAGUCGAAAACAGAAAACUAGUGAUUACCAGACGACCCGAGUAUUUCCUGAAACAAGUGCGUAACGACAACAGCGUGAAAUUCUACAAGGAACACUGCAGGGUGCAGUUCGAUUCUUGGGGUUACGGCUACGACCCAGAGGAUGCAAAGCGCCUGCGCGCGUUGCUUAACGGGCUUUACGAAUAUAAGUGCUGGACAUGUGACUCCCCUAGUUUUCGUACCUUGUGGGACUUGGAGAAGCACAUGGAGAAAGAACAUAGCCGCUACUUUUGCCGAACCUGCCUUUACGACCGGGAAAUAUUCUUGCAGGAGCAGAUGUGCUACAAAAGCAAAGAGGAAGUACUCACUUUUUUUAUAAUACAACUUUAUACAUAAGUUGUUGUAGAUCUGCUCCAUACCAUUACACACUCAAGAUAAUGAUCCAUGUAGUUGUGAAUUGUAAUAAUGAAGAUCAUUUUCCAUCUAUCUCCUUCGCAGCUCGAGCUACACGCGAAAGUAGGAGACCAGGGUUUAGUGCCGAUUAAGCCUCACGCGAAUUGUGACUUCUGUAAACGUACCUUUUACACGCAUGAGGCUUUGUAUAAGCAUAUGCGGAGCUGUCACAUUAAUUGUUUCCUUUGUUUCGAAGCGCAUAGGCGGAACGAGUUUUUUAAGGACAUGAAAUCGCUUUACAACCAUUUCGUUGCGGAGCACCACGUUUGCCGAUACGAACGCUGCAUGCGUGAGGGGAUUUUUUCGCAGGAAACGGUGUUCGCGCAUGAGGCGCAGCUAGCACAACAUCGCAUAACUUUCCACAAAAACCAUAACGGGGCACUGCCGGAGGAGAAGGUGCGCCCAGUGCUGCUCACCAGGGUACCACGUCUUACCACAAUUGCUUGUUUGAACAAGUUUAAGUUUUCAAAUUGGUAUUCUCCAUUUUCACAGACGGGGCUUUGAGAGCGUCUCUCAUUUUCUCAAAAGUGUAUUCGUAUUGUUGCUUGUACUGAAAAUGAAGUAGAGUUCAUACAAAUUAAAAUUUUUGAUUGAAAAAAUAUUUAAUUUGCACCACGUGAAUGAAAGAGAGUAACAAAAAUCACCAGACGACCGUAGCGACGAAUCAGCUAAGCGAAGCGACAAUGCAGAACGACGAAGAGAUGGCUUCGUUACCGCAGUCUGACAAGCCAAUCUAUUUUGUGAGCAUUACGAACGCUGAGAAGCCUCCAAAAGAGGUUAUUCUCCCUGCACUGGAGUCGGGACUCGAUAAUCGAGAGGAGAGGUAUCCCAAUUUUCCUAACGGUUUAAAUUGGGGAGAGUAUAAGAAGCAUAAAGCAGACAAGAAAAAGAAAGCAACCGGGAACGGUUCUUCGAAUGACAAUAACGACACGAAUGAUGAGAAAGACGACAAAGCGACCAUCUCAAACGACGCUGAAGCUAGUCGGGGAGGCAAUAAAACAGACGAAGAGGUAGAGGAUGUGGAGCCAGCAUUGGGUGCAGAGGCGCUAAAGACGUAUACGCGCGCUGCAGAGUACGAAAGCGAGAUGCAGGACAAAAUGCUCAGGACUUUGCCACAACCCUUGCUCGAUUUACCACCAAGUGCACGCAUGGACUCAACCCUCAACAAAUCCAGUUUUUUACACGCGAUAGAUGCCGUCCUCGACCGUGCUGUGGGAACCGUUCCGCAAUGCAAAGUGAAGUUGGUAACAAAUUAUUCUCCACUCCUCAAUGUAUAUCUAAGUAAAAAGGUGUAGUUGCUCCAAAAAUUUAUGAAUCUUGUUGUAUUUUUUCGACAACUCGAAUAUCGACAAAAACCUAUCAACUACAAGUACAAAAUUAACUUUGUGGUGUAAUUUUUAUACAUUCACAACCUCUUCUUUGAACACAGAUGACGGUGACAGCAAAGCAAGCGGCCGAUGGCGGUGCCCGCGGGAAAGUCGAUAUUCCUGCCAUGAAGCAGCACGUUGCCAAUCUUUCACCGCUUGGAUUGGACAGUCUGAGCGAAAUGCGAGGUUUUUUGGUAAACGCUUGGGAUAGCAGGUUCGACACAGACUGGAUUACUGGUUUGCGCCCCUUGUUUUUUCGAACACUUCGCAACGAGGAACAUAGUGGUACGCCCUCGCACUGGCUGACGUGGAAAUACCAGGCGUAUACGGGUCUCGACAAAUUGCGCGACAUAGAGGGGGAGUUGAUCCGCAUCUACAUCGGCAUGUGCUUAGAGCGGAAUCUGUCCGGCUACGCGGGAAUCGACCGGGCUAAAGAGUAUCCCUCGCUUGUGCAGUCUGCAGUCGCGGCGGCGGCGAAGGACACACAAACGUUUAAUCCGGAGAUGAACUUCGCGCCGGAAGUUCGCGCUGGGGGAGGAGGCUGGAAUAACCGUCGAGGAGGCGGAAACUUUGCUGCGCCAGGAUCACAAGAGUUCCCGGCGUUGCCGGGAGACGCGUCAAUAGUAGCUGAGGACGGUACGCCACUGACUGAGCUGACGAUGGCGGAGAGGCUGAAGCUGCAGGAGCAACAGGAGCGGCUUCUGCGUGCGAAGAAAGCCAACAAAGCCAACGGAGCGGGAGGAAGUAGCAGUAGCAAAGGGCCGUACAACGGUCAGAAGCAUAAAUUUGACUUGGGCUUCGAGGAGUUUCCCGCGAUGCCCGUUGGUUUGCAGCCACUGGGCAACCCGUCUGCGGCGAAGGCGAAGAAGCCGGUGACAAAGGCCAGCGUCUUCGGCGCUAGUUCUUCUACGUCUAUGCCGUCAAAUAGCGGCGGCGCCUCGUCGUCCUCCUCCGCGGCCCCUGCCGCCGUCCCCAAGGCAGCAAAGCCACUGAAAGUGCCGGCUCCUAGUGCAAGCGACAUAACCCUUAAUUCGAACCCAAACGCGCGAGCGCCUACCGCCGCGGGCACAUGGGGGGCAUCGUCGAGCAGCGGCGCAGCCUCGAACUCCUCAAGUAGUGCGCCAAAAACUACCUCUCUGCUCAGAGGCGUACAAGAACAACAGCAAUUACGAGGAGCCUACGCGCCAGUGAAGCUUAAGAACGAAGCGGCAGAGCGCGGUCAGGUCGCGAAGAAGCUGGCGGAUGCCUCAGCUUUUCCUGGAUUGCCAACUUCAGCCAUAAACCAGUCUUCUGGUCCGGGCAAGAGUCGGGACACGGGAGGUCUGCUCAAAGGCGCGAAUAUCAUUUCCAAGAAAACGGGUACCGUUGUUCCCGUACAGCAGUCAUCUAAGCAAGAGAUGAAAAAGCGUGAUAUAUUUGAGGACGCCGAUGACUUUGCAGAUGGCGACAGUUUUGCUAGAGUAUUUUUCAAUUGGUUUGUAGGCGGCCAAUAGACCCGCGUAGCAUCCCCUAGUGUUCUUCUAUUGUUGCUUCUCUCUCUCAUCCCAGUCAAACUUUCGGAACAGACAGCGUAGUAAUUUGCUACAAAAAAUGACUCCACAAUCCGCGCGUGAGCGCUGCAGAGCUGACGCAAGACUUUUUUUAUUUUAACAAGGAGAAUCGUUUCUUAAAUUCUAAGGCCAAUGGGUUUGUUUGUAGGCGACCGACUGGCGUAUCUGUUCCUUCAUUGCAUUACCAAUUUGGCGCAUGAGUCAAUCUCCAUCACAAGUUUAUAUGAAACCAAGCUGUAAUAUCUUCGUGCAUCCUUUUUACCCCCGACUCCCAAAAAAUGAUAAAUAGGUAUUGCUAGCAGCCAAAGCGGAGAAUCCGGACAAGGGACCACCUUCACCGCUCUUUGGUCCUUCAGGAAAAUGGACGGAAGGAAAAACUUCACUUCCUAGCUCGUGGAAUGACAACGAACUUUUUCCGACACUAGGCGGUGGUGCGAGCAGUAGUAGCAGCACAGCACCCGGAGCAGGGAGCGCCGGAGGUUCAGCGAAGGGGCCAGUACUCGUAGGGAAGGCGAAGCAGGUAGAAGAAGCGAGAUUACGACAGGAAGCAAAGGACGCGAAGCUUGCGAAGCAGCUACAAGAGGCCGAAGAGAAGAAAGGUGCUGCAGGGAAUCAACAGAAACGUGGGAGACAGAAGAAAACCCUACUGGCUUUUGGAUAAACGGAUUCCCUUUCCGCCUAUCAAACCAGCGACUAACGGUUCUUCCAAUUCGUCUAAACAAGUUCUAGUACACGUCGAUUUCAUGCGCACCUUUGUCGACGUUGAUCUAUUACUUGUUGUCGGAAGCGAGGGAUACCGCGAAGCACUCAUUCCGCCUAGUAUAUGAAGAUAGGGGUUGAUAAUGGCUUGAAAGUCGGGGCAAUUCAUUGUGCAAUUUCCGGGUUAUCCAAGCAGUGUGGUUUUGUUUAACUGCUUCUCAUGGUCCCGGGAUUCCGUAUCUCUAAGCCUGAAACUAAUGUUUUUACGCGAGUCCUUUCCCGUCUUUCGCUUCUGACGAAGAUUGAUGUCACUCUACGACCCGAGGAGUUUUUAUAUGAACGUAAUAUAUUUUGUUUAUUUGUUGCGGAUUGGCAGC